AUGGCAGAACAAGCAUCAACAAACAGUUCAGCCUCCCAAUUCGUCUCGACGCUUGUGCCUACAUUGGUGAUUGCAGCCGUUUAUGUCAUUAUCUUUCUCAUCAUUAGAAACCGCCAGAAACGAGUUUAUGAGCCAAGAUCAAUCGUCAAGUCCUUGCCCAAUGACUUGCAGACCCCUCCACCUGCAACCGGUGCUUUUAGCUGGUUGACCUCAUUGCUCAAGAAGCCAGAAACAUUUAUCAUCCAGUAUGCUGGUGCAGACGGUUACUUUUUCUUGAGGUUUUUGUUUGAAUUUGGCGUCAUCUGCUUGUUGGGAGCAAUUGUCACAUGGCCAAUCUUGUUCCCAGUCAAUGCAACCAACGGUAACAACAACCAACCAGGCUCAACUGUUGCAGGCUUUGACAUUUUGACCAUUGCAAAUGUCCGUAACAAAUGGAGAACUUUUGCCCACGUUUUCUUAUCCUGGAUAUUGUUUGGCUUGGUGAUCUUUUUGAUUUACCGUGAGUUGGUUUACUACACCACUUUUAGACAUGUGUUGCAAACCACCCCAUUGUACGACUCAUUGUUGAGCUCAAGAACUAUGCUUCUUACUGAGAUCUCCACCACAAAACUCACAGACUCGACUUUGAGAGAAUACUUUCCAACCGCCACCAACAUUUGGUAUGCACGCGAGUACAAGAAGUUGGGUAAGGAGAUUGAAGAGAGAACCAAAUUGGCAAACAAGUAUGAAGGUGCUUUGAACAAAGUUUUGACCAAGUCGGUCAAGUUGAGAAACAAGUGCUUGAAAAAGAACAAACCAGCACCAGAGCCAGUUGACGACUUGAACAAAUACUUGAAAGAUGGCAAAAAAAGACCAACCCACAAGUUGAAGUUUCUCAUUGGUAAGAAAGUCGAUACCUUGAACUAUGGUGCCGAGAGGUUGGGCGAGUUGAACAAAUCAGUGGCCAAGCAACAAGCUGAAUUCCAAGCACAAGAACAACUCCCAGCUGUUUUCAUUGAGUUCCCCACCCAAUUGGAAUUGCAAAAGGCAUACCAAGCCAUUCCAUACAACAAGGACUUUAAAGGCGUUAAGAGACUCAUCAAUGUUGCACCUGAUGACAUUAUUUGGAAGAACUUGCAAUUGACACCAAUGAAGAGGAGAAUCAAAAAGGUUCUUGCCAACACCUUUUUGACAUUGUUGAUUAUCUUUUGGUGUAUUCCUGUUGCCGUUGUUGGUGCCAUUUCCAACAUUAACUUUUUAACCGAAAAGGUGCCAUUUUUAAAGUUUAUCAACAAUAUGCCAAAGGUUAUCAUGGGUGUGAUUACAGGUUUGCUUCCAGUUGUUGCAUUGGCCGUGUUGAUGCUGUUGAUCCCUCCUGUUAUUAAGUGGAUGGGAAGAAUUUCGGGCAGACUCUCGGUUCAACAGGUUGAUGAGUAUUGUCAAACUUGGUACUUUGCAUUCCAAGUUGUUAAUGUGUUUCUCGCAAUCGCAUUGGGUUCUUCGGCUGCUUCCGUUGCGCAGGAGAUUGUUAAGGACCCUGGUCUGGCUAUGCAGCAGUUGUCUCAAAGAUUCCCACCUUCGGUCAAUUUCUACUAUUCGUAUUUGUGUCUUCAAGGAUUAACUAUAAGUUCCGGAACAUUGCUCCAAAUAGUUGCCUUGAUUUUGUCCCACAUCUUGGGUAGAAUCUUGGAUAGCACCCCAAGAGCCAAAUGGAACAGAUGGAACACUAUUGGCCAACCAGGAUUUGCCACUUUGUAUCCAGGCUUCUCAUUGUUGACCGUUAUUGCUCUUGCAUACUCUGUCAUUGCUCCACUUAUCUUGGGUUUUACUGCAAUUGCCUUUGCUGCAUUCUACUUUGCUUAUAUUUACACAUUGGUCUACGUCAUGAGACCAGUUACCACCGAGGCUAGAGGUAAGAAUUACGUCAAGUCUUUGUUCCAUUUGUUUACAGGAUUGUUUUUGGCCCAAUUGUGGAUUACCGCAUUGUUUGUGUUUACCAAAAACUGGGCUUGUGUUGCUUUGGAAGCCGUGAUUAUUAUUGUUACCAUUGCCGCUAGGUGGUGGAUGAAGAGAAGAUUCUUGGCCAACAUUGAUGCUGUGCCAAUUUCUGCGAUCAAAUACGCUGCAGGUGACACAACUUAUGCUUACCCUAUGUACGAUCAAGGCUACAAGGAAAUUAGAAGCGAAGGUCAAAACUACUGGGAAGGAGGCAAUCAAUUGGGUUUGACUCCUGGUGAUGGUGGUUUGGAUCAAGUUGUGGCAGAUAGAAAUCCAGCAGCCGGAGCUCCAGCCUCUGCUCAAAGAGACAAUUUGACAGUUGGAGAUGCCGAUUACUCCACUAUGGGUGAAACCAAGGUGGGCAAAUUUGAUAGCGAAAAGGCUUCGACCAAUGUCGACACUGGCAGAGCAUCCUCGGUUACUGGUGGUCCGUUCCAAGAACCCAACUCCAAUGAUGAAGAAAAAGGAGGGUUUUCUAAGAAGAAUGCUGUUUCCGGCGCUGCUGGUGCUCCAGGUAAAGGUGUUUCCUGGUUGAAGAUCUUCUUCAAGCCAAAGACACAAACUUUUGACAUGAUUAGAAACAUCAUGCCAAACACUUACUUUAACUAUGUUGAGUAUAAUCCUGAGUUUGUGAGACACGCAUACGACGAUCCUAACGUGUCCGCUGAGGCGCCACACAUUUGGAUUGCCAGAGAUCCAAUGGGUCUCUCGGAGAUUGAGAAGAACAAGGCCUUGAAAGAAGGUGUCGAUGUUUCUGACGAUAAUGCCACUUUUAACGAUAAGAGCCAAAUCGUGUUUAGUGGUCCACCACCAACUUACGAAGAGGCCAUUAGAGUUUAG